CUCGAAGUAAAGCUUCCGCAGAGCUCUGAGAGGUCUGAUGGGUGAAGCCAACAUUCGUUUUGCUCGUGGAGAACAUGAGGAGGCAAUUAUUGAUGUGCAUGGAGAUUAUAAGACAAGCUCCUCUGGCUUACGAGCCAUUCUCUACUCUUGCUGUGCUCUAUGAAGACCAAGGCGACAUGGAGAAGUCACUGCAAUUUGAGUUGAUUGCUGCACAUUUAAAUCCCAGUGACACAGAAAAAUGGGUCAGAUUGGCAGAAAUGUCUAUGGAACAAGACAAUAUUAAGCAGGCUAUUUUUUGCUAUACGAAAGCUCUUAAAUCUGAUCCUACUAAUGUCCAUUUUCUGUGGGAGCGAUCAAGCCUUUAUGAACAGAUGGGAGACCAUAAAAUGGCAAUGGACGGAUAUCGGCGAACAUUAAACCUGCUGGCACCUACUGAUGGAGAACGUUUUAUGCAGUUAUCUAGAGAAAUGGCAAAGAGUUAUUAUGAAGCCAAUGAUGUUAUGUCGGCUAUUAACAUAAUUGAAGAAGCUUUCGCCAAACACCAGGGCCUCGUCUCCAAGGAAGACAUUAACAUAGCAGCCGAGCUAUAUAUUUCCAACAAACAGUAUGACAAGGCUUUAGAGGUGAUUACAGACUUUUCUGGUAUUGUGCUGGAAAAAAAGUCUGCAGAAGGUGGCAUUCUAGAGGAGAAUACAGCUGAUGAGAUUGUUACCUGCACGAUACCUGAUGGUGUGCCCAUAGACAUCACAGUAAAGUUGAUGGUCUGCCUGGUCCAUCUCAACAUCCUUGAACCACUGAAUCCUCUCUUGACCACCCUGGUGGAGCAGAAUCCCGAAGACAUGGGGGACCUCUAUCUGGAUGUGGCGGAAGCCUUUCUGGAUGUUGGUGAAUAUAAUGCUGCACUGCCCCUCCUUAGCGCAUUAGUCUGCUCUGAAAGAUACAACCUCGCAGUAGUUUGGCUCCGACAUGCAGAAUGUUUAAAGGCGUUGGGCUAUAUGGACCGGGCUGCUGAAAGCUAUGGUAAAGUGGUUGAUCUGGCCCCACUUCACUUGGAUGCAAGAAUCUCCCUCUCCACUCUUCAGCAGCAGUUAGGCCAUCCUGAAAAGGCUCUGGAGGCUCUGGAACCGAUGUAUGAUCCGGACACAUUAGCACAGGAUGCCAAUGCAGCUCAGCAGGAAUUGAAGUUACUCCUUCAUCGUUCUACUCUGUUGUAUUCGCAAGGCAAAAUGCCUGGUUAUGUGGAUGCCUUACUUACCAUGUUGGCCAUGCUUUUAAAGGUAGCAAUGAAUAGAGCCCAAGUUUGUUUGAUAUCAAGUUCUAAGUCUGGAGAGAGACAUCUCUACCUUGUUAAAGUGUCAAGAGAUAAAAUAUCAGACAAUAAUGACCAAGAGGCAGCUAACGGUGAUGCAAAAGCCAUAUUUGCUGUUCUCACAAGUGUCUUGACAAAAGACGAUUGGUGGAACCUUCUAUUGAAGGCCAUAUACACACUGUGUGACCUAACCCGAUUCCAGGAAGCUGAGCUACUUGUGGAUUCUUCAUUGGAAUAUUACUCAUUUUAUGAUGACAGGCAAAAACGCAGAGAACUCGAAUACUUUGGUCUCUGUUCUGCAAUUCUGGACAAAAAUUUCAAAAAGGCCUACACCUAUAUCAGGGUAAUGGUAAUGGAAGAUGUCAAUCAACCACAAUUAUGGAAUAUUUUCAAUCAAGUUACCAUGCACUCCCAAGAAGUACGCCAUCAUCGCUUCUGUCUCCGCUUAAUGCUGAAAAACCCCGAGAAUCAUGCCCUGUGUGUCUUAAAUGGACACAAUGCAUUUGUGUCUGGUAGUUUUAAGCAUGCGCUUGGACAGUAUGUGCAGGCUUUUCGCACCCAUCCCAAUGAGCCUCUCUACAACCUGUGUAUUGGGCUGACUUUUUUCCACAUGGCGUCUCAGAAGUAUGUUUUAAAGAGACAUGCCCUUGUCGUACAGGGCUUUUCCUUCCUGAAUCGAUAUCUCAGUCUCCGUGGACCUUGCCAGGAGUCAUUCUACAACUUGGGCCGGAGCCUUCACCAGCUGGGGCUGAUUCAUCUUGCAAUCCACUAUUAUGAGAAAGCCCUGGCACUUCCUCCAAUAGUAGUAGAGGGUAUAGAACUUGACCAGUUAGAUUUACGAAGAGAUAUUGCCUACAACUUGUCCCUCAUAUACCAGAGCAGCGGGAAUAUCCUGAUGGCGAGGAAGCUGCUGUUUACCUAUUGUUGUGUCUGACUCAGCUCGAAGGCGGAGGAAGAACCAGUGUUUUCUGCCUCAGGACUUAUUAUUGGGGGAUGAUUUCAAUAUUAUCUAGUGAUUUCUUUUAAUGUGUGAUAAUGAUCUUCUGGAUACAAAACUGUCAUUUCUACAUGAAUUUGUGUAUUGUUCUUUUAUCUUAGCAUUUUGUACUAAAAUUGAUCCAAAGCUGAAAUGAAUGAUAACAACUCUGGUGCGAGCUUGGAGUUGAUUUUUUUUUCUUUUAUGCAUAUGUGUGUUCAGUACUGUAUAUUAAGCACCAGCAUUUGUUUUGUGAGAGGUGCUUUGGUUACAGUACUAAAACUAUGUGAUUUCUUAAUAUAGUUCUUUAAAUACUGAAA